CCACGAUGCAACAGUACGUAUAAAUUUACGUACAGAGUUUCUGAGGGAUAUUAUACUGCACAUGUGUCGGCAGAUGUAGGACAUACUGUACUUAUAUUUUUUGCCAGCAAAAUAUUAUUUCCGUUGAAGAAGAAGAGACAUGGAUGAGACGAAUCAGUUACAGUUUCAGUUUUGUAAUUUGGGAAUUCCUUAUGCGGUCAUCAUCAUCAUUGCAACAUCAAUAGGCCUAUGGUUUCUGCACAGGAAGCUGAGAAGGAAUUCUGCUCCAAAUAGUGUCACGUCCAUAAAAUCCGGAUGGGAAAUGUCGAAAAACCUACAAUUUUCUGAGAUAGGAGUGAACUUCAACGAACGGAGACGACCAGAAAGCACUUGGGGUCAAGAUAAUGGAGAUCUGAAACUACGUCACGAAUUUAGAUCCAUUGAUAUAAGACCAAACGAUUGGGACCGUGCAACAACAACUGUGGAUGCUGUGCUGGAUAUGUUGCUGUGCGAGAUGCAGGAAAUAGCGCGCAAAGAGUACAAAGAUUUGGUCAUUGAAAAAUAUGUAAGACAAGGUAGCAGUCGAGAAGGCCUAAAAGUAAACAAGGCAGAUGAGUUUGACGUUUUGUUGUUGUUUCACAUAAUGGGAAUGCAUUUAGAGAUAAAUCACCUCACUGAUGCAAACGACUUCAUCUUACCAGAGUUUGGCCGACUUGUGGUUGCAGACGACAUUAGAAACCCAUGGCUUUAUAAUGGUUACAUCGUUAAAGAUGAAGUUUUAUGAAGAUAUUGUUUGAAUUCAAGAAACCUUCACGAGAAAUUGUUUAUUUCCAUCAUUCAAAGGGCCGCACGUGAAGUGCAGCAAACAGUGGCUAAAGAAAGCAAAGAUGACGAGUUUUGUCUUACCAUUGAAAAAUUUCGAAAAAAUCCACCUGUGAAUAUUCAAAUCAAGCUUGUGCAUGAGGAUGAAUGUUUUCUUUACGAUAAACACCUGACUUGUAUUAAGUUCAAACACUAUGGUGAACCAAUACAAGUCUUUUCUGAACUACAGUCAGCACGGAUACCUAUAGAGACGUUAAUCAACGUUGAUAUAGUACCAGGUUGGUUUCACUUCCUACCAAGUAAAGUAAAGCCUGUAUAUAAAGACCAUGGCUGGAAGAGCCAGACACUGUUCCUAAUUUCACGAAAAAAACCUUAAGAAAUUGCUUAGCUAAGUCUGUUAUUUCAAAUGCUUGUUUUCUUUCCUGUAAGUAUCUCCAAAGUUGACUUUUUCAUCUUUAUCAAAACCGUAUACUAGUAUGACUAUUUUAUAGAUCAAAACACAAGAAUUCUGAAGUUUACAGAAAACGAAGUAUAGAAAGAAGAAAUAUACGUUUAAAGCAAAUACUUAAUUUCGUUAUAUGGUGCUUAAAUAGAAAUAUCAUAUUUGCCUGACUAAAAUAAGUACUACAGACAAAUACUACUACCAUAGUAUAAUUUAGCUAUAAAACAUGGUUACAGAACACGAAUCACAUAAUUAGCAAUAGCACAGUUUUGAAAUAACAGACUUAACUAAGUAAUUACUUAAGUUUUUUUUUCGUGAAAAGUAUACUUUCGGCUAAUGUUAUAAUACACAUCAGGUCGUUAGGUCAUAAACAUGAUAAAUAAAACUAGUUUUAAAAAGUAAGCUGGUCUCAGUUCAAAGGUUGUCUUAAGCACAGGUUUGAAGGUAUUUGUACCUUUUAGAAGUUCUUCCCCAUUGUUGCUGUUGGUGCUUGACCCAGGGCGAAACAGUUUUAUUGAAAAUAUGUUUCUGUAACAUUUUCAAGAGUUAAAUGCGUUAUAUUCAGAUUAAUUGACGAAAGCUGAGCUGUAAAUAUUAAAACUCUUUCUUAAUACUGAUUUUUCCACAACAGUCACAAUAUCGUUAAGGGGACGCAUAUUGCUACAUUCACAGUUCAUAUAGAAAUGAGGAAGGGGUGCAUAUUCAAGUAAUUAUUGAUGGUGGGAAGAUGAAAAACAUAUUCCUGAAUUAAUACUGAUGGACACCUGUAAUAUUCAGUACUUUGUGAAUAAGGAUGUGGUACUACGAAUGUAAUAGGAAAACAGAGGUCUUUGUGAAAGUACAUUCAACACAAAAUAUUAACUUUUUUGUAUAAGGAAAAACAGGUUUUUUACAAUACCAGUGUAACAAAUAAUGUUGUAGAUCUAGAGAUGAGAUUUUCUUUCUAACGCACCAGGUUUGCUUAAACAUGUAAACAUUUAACACCACAUCAUUUCAACUCGGGAUGGACGCCAUUUUUCUUAUCGAUUAAAAAUGUAAACAAAAAAGCAGAGUGGGAUUGGCAUUGCAAGGGCGUAACAUGACAUUCUACACAAUGGAUACCUUAGAACAGACAUCUAAGAUGCUACACAGGUCUAGUGGGUUAAACGCAUAAUG